AUGCUAGGUCCGUUGGCUGGCACAGAUGCUUCUGCGGGACCCACCAUAUCUCCUACCCCGGAUUUCGGAGAUGCUCUAGGUGGCUUUGGACCGGGAGAUCAUGGUCAUGACUUUACCUCAUUUUUGGAUAGCGUUCCCUUGCCAAAUCACCCCUUCUUGCCGGCCUAUCAGCCACUCCCGCUGUUCCCACCCUGGCACUUCUCCCCGGUUACGGACUAUGAUCAAUCAUCCGAUAAAGGGACUCUGACGGAGACCACUCCUUCGACUCCUUCGAGUUCGAUACUUCCCCGCCAUGGCGCUCAGUUACCUUCACUCCAGCCGGAGGGGUAUCACAUCUUCUCCAAGGCGCGCCAACCCACGGGAUUCGUACCGGUCACGGCUCAUUGCCGGGAGAAGUUCUUGAACAUGUUAACCGACUACGCCAAUGUGGUCCCGGAUCCAUCGUUGCCAUCGCGACAUGCGCUAUCCCGAUGUUUGACCGGCUAUGUAACCGGUUACCAUGAGCACUACCCUAUCAUGCAUCUUCCGACCUUCGAUGUGGACUCGAUGACAUUACCACUCUUCUUGUCGAUGGCGACAUUGGGUGCACGGUAUUGCCGCGAGCCAGACACGAGUAUGCGUCUCUAUCAGAUUGCCAAACCAGUGACUUUGGAACAUGUUCACCGGGUCUUCCAGUCGGGUAAGCUGUCCCCGAUCAACGUGGCCGACGACAUUGAUACUCUAGAAACUCUGCAAGCGUUAUUGUAUCUGACCUCGGUGUCGUUAUGGUUUAUCAACGAUCCCCCAUAUCACGAGGGGCUGUCGCUUCGCAGUUUUAUGGAAAUGCUCAUGCGAAAAGGGGGACUCAACCGGCUACCCGAGGAGGACGGGACAUGGGAUAGCUGGAUACGACGGGAAUGCGUAAAGCGCACCAAACUAAUUGUUCUCUGUUUCUUCAGCAUCCAAACCAUCGUCUUCGAUGUCCCACCAAUGAUUCUUACCGAAGAUUUCACAAUCGAAUUACCCUCCACCGAAAAAGAAUGGCAAGCCUCAUGCGCCGACCUUUGGCAGGCAGAGCGCCUGAAGAGUCCCGGCGAACCAAAGUUCCAAGAUGCCCUCUCCGGCCUAUUCGCCUCAACCAGCAAUGUCGAACGGUUCUCCUCGCUCGGCGGCUACGUUCUAAUCCACGCGAUCCUGCAAGACAUCUGGCUCAUGACGAAAGCGGGCCGACUACCCGUAUCACGACGAAACCGCCUCACCCCAUCAUCAAUGGCAUCCACGCUCGAGCUCGUACACGUCGAACAAGCACUCGAACGCUGGUGCCAGUGCUGGGAGCGCAACCAAGAAUCCUCGGUCGACCCACUCAGCCCAAAUGGCCCGCUAUCCUUCACAUCAGCGGCCCUGCUUCGACUCGCCUACAUCCGACUCAACGCAGACUGUGGCUCGGCACGCCAACUGCAAACCUGGGAUCCCGUCCAGAUCGCCACCAGUCUCCGUGACAACCUCUCCGUCCGACGUGGCGACCGUCUCACACGCGCAGCGCUGCACUGCGCACAUGCCCUUAGCACACCCGUCAAGCUCGGGAUUGGAUUUGUUGCGCACUCACAGGUGGCGCUAUGGUCGAAUCAGCACGCUUUGUGCUCUCUGGAGUGUGCGGUAUUGUUGGCCAAGUGGCUUGAGGCGAUUACGGUGUCAGAUCCGGAUCCGAGACUGACGGAGCAGGAGACCCACUUGCGGGAUUUCGUGCUUGAGAUGGUAAUGGAGGUGCAGCAUGAUGUCUCGAGGGAGUGGCUACUUGCUACUCAUACCCGGCUCAGUGCUGCGGUUACUAGGUUAUGGGCGCGACUGUUUACGGCGGACCAUAUAUGGGAGAUGGUCGCUUUGAUUGGGAGGUCUUUGAACAGUUAUGCGGACUUGCUGGAGCAGUAG